CAUUGACACCAAACUCACUGCGUGAUCUGCAUAACAUAGAGUUCAUUACAUUGUACUGCAAAUAUGACGGACUUGACUUGUCUUCGUGUCGAAACAUAAAGCAUAUUGAUCUAGAUGAACAUGUUACAUUGACACCAAACUCACUGCCUGAUCUGCAUAACCUGGAGUACAUUUCAUUGAAAUGCAAAUAUGACGGACUUGACCUGUCUGCGUGUCACAAUCUAAAGCACAUUGCUCUAGCUGAACAUGUGACAAUGACACCAAACUCACUGCGUGAUCUGCUAAACCUAGAAUUCAUUUUAUUGAACUGCAAAUAUGACGGACUUGACUUGUCGAAACAUAAAGCAUAUUGAUCUAGAUGAACAUGUGACAUUGACACCAUACUCACUGCGUGAUCUGCGUAACCUGUAGUACAUUGAAUUAUUCUGCAAAUAUGACGGACUUGACUUGACUGCGUGUCACAAUCUUAAGCACAUUGACUUACGUGUCCAGGUGACAUUGAUACCAAACUCACUGCAUGGUUUUUUUAACCUAGAGUUAAUUACAUCAUGUUGCAAAUAUGACGCACUUGACUUAUCUUCGUGUCACAAGCUGAAGGAGAUGUUUCUAGUAAAACAAGUGACAUUGAUAACAAACUCACUGCAUGAUCUUUAUAACCUACAUUUCAUUGCAUUAGAUUGCAAAUAUGACGGACUUGACUUGUCCUCGUGUCACAAUAUAAAGCAUAUUGAUUUGCGUAAGCAGGUAACAUUGACACCAAACUCACUGCUAAAUCUGCAUAACCUAGAGUUCAUUACAUUGUACUGCAAAUAUGACAGACUUGACUUGUCUUCGUGUCCCAAUCUUAAGCAUAUUAAUCUGUUUAAACAUGUUACAUUGACACCAAACUCACUGCCUGAUCUGCAUAACCUGGAGUACAUUUCAUUGUACUGCAAAUAUGACAGACUUGACUUGUCUUCGUGUCCCAAUCUUAAGCAUAUUAAUCUGUUUAAACAUGUUACAUUGACACCAAACUCACUGCCUGAUCUGCAUAACCUGGAGUACAUUUCAUUGUACUGCAAAUAUGACGGACUUGACUUGUCUUCGUGUCGAAACAUAAAGCAUAUUGAUCUAGAUGAACAUGUUACAUUGACACCAAUCUCACUGCCUGAUCUGCAUAACCUGGAGUACAUUUCAUUGUACUGCAAAUAUGACGGACUUGACUUGUCUUCGUGUCGAAACAUAAAGCAUAUUGAUCUAGAUGAACAUGUGACAUUGACACCAAACUCACUGCGUGAUCUGCGUAACCUGGAGUACAUUGAAUUAUUCUGCAAAUAUGACGGACUUGACUUGACUGCGUGUCACAAUCUCAAGCACAUUGACUUACGUGUCCAGGUGACAUUGAUACCAAACUCACUGCAUGGUUUUUUUAACCUAGAGUUCAUUACAUUAUGUUGCAAAUAUGACGCACUUGACUUAUCUUCGUGUCACAAGCUGAAGGAGAUGUUUCUAGUAAAACAAGUGACAUUGAUAACAAACUCACUGCAUGAUCUUUAUAACCUACAUUUCAUUACAUUAGAUUGCAAAUAUGACGGACUUGACUUGUCCUCGUGUCACAAUAUAAAGCAUAUUGAUUUACGUGAGCAGUUAACAUUGACACCAAACUCACUGCGUGAUCUGCAUAACCUAGAGUUCAUUAAAUUGUACUGCAAAUAUGACGGACUUGACUUGUCUUCGUGUCGAAACAUAAAGCAUAUUGAUCUAGAUGAACAUGUUACAUUGACACCAAACUCACUGCCUGAUCUGCAUAACCUGGAGUACAUUUCAUUGUACUGCAAAUAUGACGGACUUGACUUGUCUUCGUGUCGAAACAUAAAGCAUAUUGAUCUAGAUGAACAUGUUACAUUGACACCAAACUCACUGCCUGAUCUGCAUAACCUGGAGUACAUUUCAUUGUACUGCAAAUAUGACGGACUUGACUUGUCUGCGUGUCACAAUCUAAUGCACAUUGCUCUAGCUGAACAUGUGACAAUGACACCAAAUUCACUGCGUGAUCUGCUAAACCUAGAAUUCAUUUCAUUGUACUGCAAAUAUGACGGACUUGACUUGUCUUCGUGUCGAAACAUAAAGCAUAUUGAUCUAGAUGAACAUGUGGCAUUGACACCAAACUCACUGCGUGAUCUGCGUAACCUGGAGUACAUUGAAUUAUUCUGCAAAUAUGACGGACUUGACUUGUCUGCGUGUCACAAUCUAAACCAUAUUGAUCUUGUUUUAUACACAAGAAGGGCAAAGAUAAGUAAAAUGUAAAGUAGAACUAACAGUUUUAUUUAAAUAUUGAGGUUUUUGCACAGGUAGUUAUGUUUGUGUACCUUUCAAAUGGUCGGAUGCUUUUAUUUUAAAUCAGUUGUUAAUAUAAGGGGCCUUUUUCACAGAUUUUGGCGUGUUUUGAAGUUUGUCAUUAAAUGAUUUAUAUUGAUAAAUGUAAACAUUGGAUCUAAAAAAGCUCCAGUAAAAAAUUAAGAAUAAAAUUUAAAAAAUAAGAAAAGGUAAUCCUCAGCAGGACUCGAACCACUGACCCCUGGAGUCCUGGAGUUAAAAGGCUACCACUUAUACCACUCGACCAUCCUUCUUGAUACAAUACCAGACGUAUUUUAUACUUUAUCUAAUCAAUCCUCGUAGUUUUUCAAAAUAUAACAACAACAGAUCUCUCCAAAUUAUUAAUUCGUUUCGUGUUGCAACGCUUUAUAAUUUUCGGGUUUUUAAAUCGUCAAAAGAUGCAUAUAAUGGCUAUUUUAGAGCAUGGUAAAUGUUCAGUAAUACUGUUUCCUCACAUAUAUCAUAUCUAAAACGAAAAUUUGCGAAUCUGAAACAACUUUUUGAAAUUUUGUCAAUUUACCCAAACGUGAAAAGGCCCCUUUAAGUAUUUAUCUACACGACCUGACCAUUUAUCUAAUUUUACAUUAUUUGCAUGUACUUCUUAAUAU